AUGUCUGAUACUGAAACACCCCCACUGGAUACGGUCUUUGGUGACUUUGUGAAGAAUGAGGACGAGGAAUAUGAUGUCGAAGAGCUUGCUGAGCCAUGGCAUAGGAUGAUCCAACAACAAUGGACGAUCAAUAUGUUCUCUAUCCUGAUUCGACUCGGGGAAGUACUCAAUGAGAGGUACCUUGUUGAGUAUAAACUUGGAUUUGGAGGUGGCUCGACUGUCUGGAUGGCCCUGGACCUGCGAGAUAGGGAGAAUGUGGCCCUUAAAGUUAUGAUGACUCCUGGGGAGUGGGGCGAAAAUGAAAUUCGGAUCCAGGACGAGAUCAUUAAGAAUGUGCACGACACCUCUCACCUGGUGAUAUACAUAGCGACUUUCUUUCUUCCCCGCGAUAACGGAAGUCGCCAUAGGGUUUUGGUGUACCCUUUAAUGGGCCUAUGUAUUGACCUUCCUACACUAGAAAAGAUCCCUAUGGCCACUCAUCUAUACGAAAGGAAUUGUAUGUGGGGAAUGACUUCUCUUAAUGGUCUUAGUACGAGCGCUAAAUACGAAGCGCUCGGUAGGCCAUUAAAGCAAAUCAUACCAUUUGUCGAUCCUUGGAAGUUCUUAGAGACCGAUAUACGGAAGAAUUCUACCUUGGUGACUUCGGUUUAUCGAAAAAGCUUUCCGAUCCUAUCAUUUAACGCGGCCACCCACCUAUGCAAUAUUACUCCCCAGACCGACUUCAUAAAUAAGAUCCAAGCUUCGCCUGUGAUAUGUGGAGCUAUAUGA